GACCGGAAGUGCACGCGGUGAGUGUGGAGUAUUUCUACCAGGUUCAGUUGACUCAUCUCUCUGACUCUUUAAACACUAACACUCUCUGCCUUUUCUUUGACUUUAACGCCUUCUUCUCGUGAACUGUGUUGAAAACAUGACGCAUUAUGAACAAGUGAACGUUCGCGGCUACGAUGAAUUCUGCCGCGCUGUGUCUGAAAGGAAAGGAAAAGAUGUUUUUGUUUAUUUCUCUGGUGAUAAAGACGCCGAAGGAAAGAGCUGGUGUCCGGACUGUGUCAAAGCUGAACCAGUGGUUCGAGCAGAAAUGGCUCAUCUCCCUGAAGGUUCCGUCUUCAUCUACUGUCAAGUGGGAGAAAGAGCUUAUUGGAAAAAUCCAAGCAACGACUUUAAGAAGAAUCUGAAGUUGAGCGGUGUCCCCACGCUCCUGAGAUACGGCACUCCUCAGAAGUUGGUGGAGGACGAAUGUCUCAAACCAGACCUGGUGAAGAUGAUGUUCACUGAGGACUGAAGUCUCCUGCUGCUAACCCUAACCCUUCAUCAUCAUCAUCAUCAUCAUCAUCAUCAUCAUCGUCAUUUCUCCUCUGUUUAACAGUAACCACUUCAUAAGCAUUCACCACCUUCAUCUCUCCCACUGUAACUCAGAGCCACUCAUGAUUAUUAAAUAAAACAAUCAUGUGAUCAUGAAUCAAUAACCUGGGUUAUUGUUAUUGUUUGUGACACAUGUGGUGGAUUUUAAGUAAAGUCAAACAAUCAACUACAACCUCUUUAAUUAUCAUCCUGUAGAUUAUAUACCAUAAAUAUAUCAUUUAUUUAGUUUUUUCACAUCUUUCUGCGUUUUUUUAUUCAGAAUAUUAGUCAAUGUCAUCACCAUAAUUCAGUGUAGUGCCACUAGAAUGACCAUAGACAUAUUUAUCUCCUGUAGGUUAUGCCACAACAUAUAUUCGAGGACAAAAACAUCCUUCUUUGUACUUUUUGUCUGCUUUUAUUCAGGAUAUUUGCUAAUAUCGUCACUACUGUAGAGUCUAUAAAAUCCCUAUAGACUGCAUUUAUCUCCUGUAGGUUAUACUUUAACAUCUAUGUGGAACAAAACAUAGUUCUUCAUAAUUUUAUUCAGAAUAUUAGUUCAUAUAGUCACCAUAAUAACAGUGUAGUGUCUCUGAAAUGGCUUCACAUUAGUCUCCUGUAGAUUAUACUACAACAUGUAUUUAGAAAAAAAUAAACUUUUUGAUAACCUUUGGCAGUUACCAAGGAAAUACUUGGUUUUUCCAUACUUUCUUUGAUUUUUAUUCAGAAUAUUUGUUAAUAUAUUUACCAUAAUAACAGUGUAGUGUCUCUGAAAUGCCAGCACACCUUCAUAAAUCUCCUGUUGUUGACGGCCCCUGUCUUUGACACUUGUUUCCAAGAAAACCAGGUUGCAGCUGAUUGUUGACUUUACUUAGGUCAGAAAAAUCCACACUUUUCAUCCCAACAAUAUCAUAAUAACAAUAACGUAUCAUAUAACAAACAAUAAACGGCCAUAGAAAGUGCAACGGAAAAGAAUGAGCAUCAAAUGAAAAGAAUGAGCUGUUGAUUCACGGAUUUAAUUAGCAGAUUUCUGUCGUUUUCUGUCGUUUGUGUGCAGAUAAAUUCAUAAGUUCAUGAACAUGUCGCCUCACGUUAAACACAACAACUAUAUAUUGUUUUUGUCAUGUUUCGCUCUAUAAAUGAAUAAAAGUGACCUUUGAUGUUGAA